AAUCAGCACUCAAAGGUCGGACUACAAAAAGAAAGCACUUCGUCAUUGAAAAGCAAACCUGGCAGUACUAGAAGAGAAACAAUAUAAAGGAUGACCAUGGUUGCCAUUACCGAGUUUCAGAGGAUUGGAAUUGGUCUGGUGGGGUUUGGCUUAUUUUUUCUGCUGUUUGGUGUGUUGCUGUACUUUGAUUCUGUUUUGCUAGCCUUCGGGAAUAUUUUGUUUUUAACAGGUUUAACAUUCAUCAUCGGCUUCAGGAAGACAUCUCACUUCUUCUUCCAAAGACAUAAGUUCCGAGGCUCGUUUUUCUUCCUGGGAGGUGUGUCGCUGGUGCUGUGCCGAUGGCCAAUUAUUGGUAUGCUGGUGGAGUGUUACGGCUUCAUCCUUUUAUUCAGAACUUUCUUUCCAAUGGCCCUGGGAUUUGUGCUAUCGCUGGUAAACAUCCCAUUCCUUAAUGAUUUUUUACAGAGUGGCUCCAGCAUGGUCUGAGAGCACAUUUCCACACUCGGAAGAAUUAUACAAGCCUGAUGGACAGUUGUUCAGAUACUGAAGAAGAGACUUCCAACCAAGUGUUUCAAACAAACAUGUUGUAUAAAAAUGUACACCAGAGAAUUGUACUUUCAUAUUUCAAAUGCACACAUUUUCCCACAAUCACACAUAAACAAACAAACAAAAAAAACUACCGGUAUAAUUUGAGCGACUGUAGUACAGAGUAUAUGCUGAACUGACAGACCCCCUGUCCAAUAUUUCACGUGAGAGUCAUAGACAAUGCUUUUUUUAAAUGAAUGUGUUACAUUCAUUGCAUUAUAGGACAUUAUUUAAAAAAUACAUGAAAUCAAAACAGAUGUUGUGUGGCUUAACUAAUCUAGUUGAUCUUAAUGCAUUAAAACAUGUAAAUCAAUUGCAGAAACAAGACAUUUGUUUGACAUUUCCUAGAUGGCACAACAAGGCCAAAAUGUUUUGCUGGCAUUUUACAAUUGUCGACUGGUUUGCGUUUCUCCUUGCUGCUCGACUUUAAUUGGCUUUGGCGAUUGGAUAGAUGUAUCCUAUUCAGCCACUGAAAACAAGCUGAACUAUGGGCACCGAGAGUUUCUCUACCUGUCCUGCUACUCGUAACGACAGUAUGGAAGCAGCUGGCAUUGCAAAUGGUUAGUGUGUCUUGUCACUAUACAGGUAUUUGUCUACUUGAUUGAAGCUAUUCGUUGAAGUUGUGCAGUGCACAAUCACUGACCACAGGUCAGAACAACUCACUGACUGACUAUUUUUUCCUCAGUCAGAGAGAUAUGCUGUAAGAAAUUUGACAGGACUGCCGUUAUGGAAAAUCAAUGCUAAUGAAGCAGGAAGUAAAGAAAAGAGUGGUUGAGCAUGGAUCACGCAGGAGCAGGUCGUUCAUCAAACUCGCCCACAAGUGAAAAACAAUAAACAAGCUCAGUCCGGCCACUUUCAAACUUUUCAAUCCACUAGUCCACAGUUGUUUUCCAUAUUGUGUUAAGAACCUCUGGUGAAUUUCAGCCCCAGACAGACGUUCUGACCCCCCAAAAAAUCUGAUCCAUUUUACAACGGUGCAUGUUGCAAGUGGAGCGGCCAUUUUUAUCGACUGAAACAAAAUUGUGUAACAAUUGAUCAAUCAGAUAUAUCACCUGCUCGUGAUUACAUGACACUGAAGUUCCGUAGGGAAAUCGUCAUU